AUGUCGUUCCAUGCGAAUGGCCAGCGGCGGUAUGGCCAUGUGCCUCCAGCCCAGUAUCCGCCAGCAGGUGCGCAGGAUCAGAAUCAAAAUAACUCGGGUGCGGGUUUGCAGAGGCAAUCGAGUUUCGACAAUGGUGACGAUGCGCGCUUCUUCGAUCAAGGCAAUGGCAGAUAUCAAAGUCAGGGCGGUGGACACUCCAUGUCUGGGAGACCCUCCAACACCGCACAUGGGGAGUUGUUUAUGCCAGGCUCAUCAUCGCAGAGUCCUCACUCGCCAGCCCAAAGUUCAGUUGGGAGCGCAAGCCCUGCCCUCUCGGGGUAUCAACACCAGUAUCAACCCUUGACGGCAGGUCCAUCCUCGCCGGGCUUACCCCAAGUCCCCUACAAUCCUCAGAAUUUCGCCCGGACGCAAUCCCAAUCUCAAGCAGCUCCCUAUCGACAGCAGUCUGUAUAUAACAGCACUCCUACUACUUCAAGCCACCAGCCUUACAAUCCAGCUGCAUAUCAACCUCCAGCACCAGCGCGCAACCCCACUGUCUCAGGCUACAAUUCAUACUCUUCAUACAACCCCGUAUCUAUGCCACAAGUCCCUCAAUCUCCAUCAUAUUGGAACCAGAAUAGCCCGCAAUACGGUGCUUCUCCUCCCGUUCCUGCGCGACCAUCCCCACAAACAAUAUACGAAAAUCCACUUGCUAGCCCAACGUACUCAGCACCAAGCGCCGCACCUUCAUCUCAGCAGUCAUAUCAUCAGCCGCCUGCCCCUGCUCCAUAUCCAGCAAACGGCGGUCAAUACAACCAAGGUGACUAUAGAAAUGCUACGGCUUCACAAGUCCUCUUCCCUGAUUAUGCCGCAUAUUCACAAGCUCCCGCACCCCAACCGUUCCUUCCUUAUGAAGAAGACCCAGCCUCAAACCGGACGAGACACUCGAAUCACGCAGCCCCCUCCGUGCCCGCACAGAUAACACCAUCAGCGACUCCCUCAAGUACUUCUGGUCUGCAAAGACACCCAACCCUGAGACCAUUGCCAAGCGCUCCGGUAGACGAUGUAGGAGAUAAUGACGACUGGGGACUUGGGAUUCAAGGCCAAGGCCAGGAGAGUAUAUCUCAGGAUCAACUCUUCGCUGAUAUUGGAGAUGCCCUUGGAACUUCAUCCGAAGGACGACAAAAUAGAAUCCCAGGCAAUCAACUUGAUAAUGAGAUACAGGACCUGCAUCGAUACGACUCGAGAGCAAGUACACUUGGCAGAAAUCCAACUGGGAUCGAUCGAUAUGCAUCUACCGCAUCUACCGCAUCCACAUUAAACCCAAAUAGCCUUCAGAUACCUUACGAUGACGACUACAAUGAUGAGGAAAGUGACCUCGAGGCCGCUGCUGGACUCGAAGCUAUGAGGAUCGCUGAAGAGCAGGACGCCCAGCGAGGCUCGGGCUUGGGCUUCGGAGCUUAUGAAGGGCAGCAAUACGACCACCAACCAUCGCAGAAUGACAGUAGCGAUAGCGAUUAUAAGCAUAUGGAUCUAAGCCUUGUCGGUGGUGGAUAUGCGGCUCAUAUGUCAUAUGGCAACGAUGUAGGUGAUCCUAAUACUGGACACAGUAGCGAGAUGGAGGACCAAAGUCGCCCAUUGCCCACUCGACACGAUAUUGGUAGGUCAGACAGCUAUAAUCAUACUGCCAAUUCGGCAUCUGCUGGCCUCGGGGGCAUGACGGAUUAUUCUAUUCCCGGGGAGGGAGCCAUCCAUCCAUUUCCUGCUUUUGAGGCCGCCAGAGUUGAUACCUUCGGAACCGGUGGCCUGCAAAGACCAACAUCCCAUACCCACAGACUCAGCUUUGAUGAAGGAGAUGAGCAGGUAUCGCUGCAUUCGCGAUUGUCCGAAUCGCGGCUGAGCGGAAGAUCUGGAAGUGAUAGCCCUUCCCGGGAUGGCAUGCCUGAGUUGUUCUAUCACCCUGGGAUGGGCAGCGGCUCUUACAAUCAGAAUCGCCCCCUUCCGUCGGUCCCCUCCAUGUCCGAGAAUAGGGCUCCUCAGUUAAUGGCUGCUGGAACUUACCGGAAUUCUCAGGGCAACUAUUCUCACGUGCACUCAUUAAGCUCUGAAUCAGCUCGCCCAGUAUAUGUGCCCACCGGCCCAGAUGGUUACCCGGCACAAAACAUGCUCAACCCCGGUGCUCAAUAUGUCCCAAGAUCAACAUCUCUCUCCAGCCAUAGUAGCACUCCGCAGACUGUUCCUCCAGUCCGCUCAAAGACCGAUGCCGAGGAGCGACAGGCAAGACAAAAGGCGGCAAGACAAGGUCAACGAUCAGUCAGUGGUAUCGAUGCCUUUGACGUUGGCUCUCCUCAAUCAUCCGUUGCACUAGAUCUUCCAGCAUUACCCGCUGGUCGCCGGAAAAAGUUUGCUCCCUCAAGACUAUCGACGGCGGAUUUUAGAAAAUGUGAGGAACCUUGGGCCUUAAGUGGUAUCGCAGCAUGGAUCAAAGAAAUGGCCGGCGGUGAAACUGGAGAAGGAGAAUCAGAUCUUCGGCAAAAGACAAUCGAAGAUGGGCUGGUAGCUUUGUUCACUCAUAAGGUGCCUACAAUGAACACAGCCGAUGCCGAGACAUUAUGCCAGAGAGUGGUCAAUUCCAUGUUCGAUGCUGGGAUCCUUUUACGAGACGAAGAGUGGGUUAAACUUGGUGAAGGAGAAGUCUCCGGGGUACUCUGGCAGCUUACUGGUUCCGGUUGUUAUUCUCCCAAGGUCCAUGAGCAGGAGGUCCAUGGACGAUGCUACUCCCAUCAUUGCACUCGAACGUUGAAGAAGAUCAAUCUCCAGUCACAAACCCUAGAGCCCUCGCGCAAAUCUGAAGACUGGGUUACAUUCUUCAAGGUUACGAAAGAGCAACUGGAAGGGGCCCAUAAAAAGGAAGUAGAGCGCCAGAACAAUCUCCACGAGAUCGUCAUGUCCGAAGAUUUGUAUAUGGAUCAGAUCAACGUUUUGCGUAUUCUCUACAGAGAUGAUCUGUCGACAUGGCAACCACCGAUUAUAGCCAAGGCGAAGCUACCAAAAUUCCUUGCGUCCAUCUUUGGCAAGAUCGAAGCGAUCAAAGAAGUCAACGAAAACUACCUGCUGGCACAGUUGAAGUACCGACAGAAAGAACAAGGCCCUUGGAUCAUCGGAUUCAGUGAUAUUUUCAGAGAAUGGGUUCGAAAAGCCAAAACUCCCUACGUAGAAUAUGCAGCGGGGUUUCCGUAUGCUACAUAUCUCGUUCGGAGAGAGGCAGAGAAAAAUCUCUUGUUUCGCCAAUUCCUUGACCAAGCUCGUGAUAACAAACUCUCUGGACGGUUGGAUUGGAACACUUAUCUCAAAGCACCCAUUACCCGAUUACAACGUUAUACGCUACUGCUGGGUGUUGUGCUCAAGAAUAUGACCCAAGAUACAGAGGAGAAGGCGAUGCUUGCUACGGCGAUUGAAGAGAUCAAAGCAGUCACUCUUGAAUGUGACGCCAAGGUAGAUGAGCAGUCCAAGAAGGUCGAGAUGAUCGAACUACAAUCAAAACUAUUUCUUCGACCUGGCAUGGAGCGGGUCCAGCUCAACCUUGAUCAUCUUGGGCGCGAGCUCAUUUUCAAGGGCGACCUCCAGCGUGCUGGAGCAAAUCGGUUCACAUGGCUUGAGACUCAUGCUAUUCUCUUUGACCACUAUCUUGUAUUGGCGAAGACAAUUAUACAGCGUGAAGGUACUACUGGGAGGAAGAAGGAAGUCUAUGACGUAUCCAAGCUUCCAAUUCCGAUGCAGCUUCUGGUACUCGAGACUACCAACGACGAUCCUGUCAUAAAGUCUUCGGUGAAAGGUAUUGGGGCCGUUACGACUGUGACAAAGACAGCGCAAAGCACUGCUUCAGAUUCCAGACUAACUCGUACGGUAACCAACGGCACCCUUGAGCACACGAACUCGAACAUCUCGGUAGCAACCAUGGGAUCAGCCACAAAACUUACCCCAGUAAAUACCAACGAUAGCGAUGCCAGAGCCAUGUACCCCUUUCGAGUCAAGCAUCUUGGCAAGACCGAAGUCUAUACCCUCUAUGCACCAAGCGCCCAAAAUCGUCAAGAUUGGUGUGACAAAAUUCUUGAGGCCAAAACUCGCCAUGCAGCCUCGUUGUUUGAACAAAACGCCGAGCCCUUCAGACUUCGUGUCAUGGCAGAUACUGCAUUUUCUUAUGAUGCAAUGUCCGCUGGAUACCAGAAGAGUGCUGUGUCAGUGAUAGGCACACCUUUAGAACGAGCUAUUAGAGAAAUGGAACGGACCUAUGGCGCAGGUCCUCGACCGGGGCCAGUUUGCAGAGCGCAGGUCAAUUGCGCUACUGCUUUCAACUGCUUUGGGAAGUCCAUGGUAGCAAUCGGAACAGAUUACGGUGUCUACAUCUCGGAAGCUUCAAAUGCCCGAGGGUGGUCGAGAUCGAUCCAAAUGAACCGUGUUACGCAAAUAGCGGUCCUGGAAGAGUUCUCUCUUUGUCUUAUCAUCGCAGAUAAGUCCUUGAUCGCAUAUCACCUCGAUGUAAUAGUUCCCGUUUCAAACUUUCCGGCACCUCAGCACGACUCUGCCCGGCGCGCUCCUCAAAAGCUCUCCGGAACCCGCGAUGUCUCAUUCUUCGCCACGGCGCGGAUGAAAGACCGAACCCUUGUCUUCUACAAGAAAAAGGAAGGUCUCCACUCGACGUUCAAAGUUCUCGAGCCUGUCUUCCAGAAAUCCACCGAAAAGAAAUCACGGCUCUUCGGCAAAAAAUUCGGCAGCACCACUGAAUUCUUCCGCGAAUUCGACGAAUUCUACAUCCCGACCGAAUGCUUCACCAUCAACCUCUUCCAUACUUACAUCGCAAUCUCUACGUCCAAAGGCUUCGAGCUCAUGACCUUGGAUAAGAAAGUCCCCAUGAGCAUUCCUGAUAUGAAGAAUCCUGCAAUAGGCAACAUCGCCGCACGCCUCCAAGAGCAAAAGCCCCUAGGCAUGUUCCGCCUCUCCGACUCCGAGUUCCUCCUCUGCUACCAAGAAUCCGCCGUCUACGUCGACAAGCACGGCGAAGUCUCGCGCUCCGUCAUCAUGGAAUUCGUAGGCAAGGCAAAAUCAGCAGCCAUGUACGGUGCGUAUCUCGUGCUCUUCGAUAGUGAUUUCGUUGAGGUGCGGAAUGCGGAGAACGGGAGAUUGAGACAGGUUAUUGCGGGCAGGGAUGUCCGAUGUUUGGAUUAUGGUGUUAAUCCCCUAGGGGCCGGUGCCGCUAAUAGUCAGAUGGCGAUGAAAGGGUUCGGUAUGGAGAAUGGGCCGAUGAAGAGGACACUUAAGAUUGCCAUGGCGCAUCCAGAGGUGGCCGGCAGUCAGAUUGUGCUAGAAAUGGUGCUGAAUGAGGGACAUAUGGAGUGA